CGUAGCCGUAGUUGCUUUGGCAACCGCGCCAGCUUCACCGCUAAUGCGCCACAACAUUCAUUUCUUCAGCACAUCCACCAUCCAAAUGCCUUGAAUUAGAUGUUGAUGAUUAUUUUGAAACCGAGCACCAAGCCUGCUUUCCAUAAACCCUUUCGUUCAGGGUAACGGAUUAUUAGUUUUAUUUUGCAGGAGUAAAUUCUCUUGAGAAGGAUGGCUGUUAGCGUGACUGUUAGCCUAGCGUGCUAAUCCUCCAGCAGAACUGCACAAACUCUCAACAUCCGACUUCUGCACACCGUGAAAGAUGGCGCCCGGAACAGACGAUCCUCGUAAACUGUUCAUCCUGACCACAGCAGGGAAUUACUUCAGCUUGGACACUGCAGCAUCUCUGUCCUCCUGCCGCCCACUUGAUAACUUUUUAGACGAUGGGAAUGAGUUUCUUCUCUCUGUCACCAGACAAUCAGAAGAGCUCCAGUUCUCUAACAAGCUGGAGAAUAUGGACGGUGAUGGCCGAGUUCUGGUGUUCUUCAAGCCUCAUCCGUGUGUGGUUUCGGAGGAGAACCUUCAGCGCUGCAUCCUGGUGUCCUCCAUGCUGGAGUCUCCCAUCAGCACCCUUUACCAGGCCCUGCGUCAGGUCUACAGCCCCGUCCUGCUGCAGGAUGAUAAAUGGAGUCAGUCGUUCGAUUCAAAGCUGCAGUCUCUGCUCAGCGAUCUUGAAAUCGGACUGGGCUCUGUGCUUAGACACUCGGACACAAAGGGUUCUGGGAAACGCAGUAAUUCAGAGAUGGAUGUGUCAAAUAUCAUGACUCCUCUGGAUGAGUUCAGCUUCUGGGCUGAUGUCAGCCGUUCUGGUCAGAAGAGCAGUGAAAGAGACCGAGCGACACACUUCUGUGAGCUUUUCACCACCAUUGAGAAGGACUACAGUAACCUGGACAGUUUCAGUCUGGUGGAGGUACUGGACCUGAUUGAGAACACACGUGAGGCUGUAGACGAUGUGUGGAAGCAGAAUGAGCACACGCCUUACCCCGAAACACGCAUGAUCAGACUCAUGGAUGUCAUAGGCGGAGCUCUCGGCAGGUUUGUUCAGAGGAAACUGAGUGACCUUCGCUUGUGGGAGGAUCCUUAUUUCACAGUGAGGGAGGGGCUUAAAGGAGGUGUGGCUGUGUGUGAGCAGUGGGUGGCGGCCUGUGAACACCUGACAGGUCAGGUGUGGAAACGCUACGCCCCCCAUCAGUGGACUGGAGAGAAGCACCGCCCUCAGGGACUACACAGCCUUGCACAGCGAUUGGAGGAGGUGGUGCAAGUCCGAUCUGUGUGUGAGAAGCUGCAGCGCUUGCUGUCUGGAGGGAAACAGCAGAUUUCUGCUGCACGUGUGUAUCAGCCAUUCACAGGACUCAACCCAAUACACUACAACCCUUAUACUGAGCCUUUAUGGAGAGCUGCAGUGUCUCAGUUUGAUCGGCUCAUCGCUCCAGCAGAACAGGAAGCAGCUGGAAAGCUCAAGACCUUCAUAAUAGAUGCGCAGGACAGUCCACAGCAGCUGCUGCAGGUGUUUCAGAAACACAGAGAUCUGAUCAAACGAGCCACAAUUAGCAAAGAACUGCAGCCUGAGAGAGAAACACUCCUCACACGCCUGCUGGACUACAACAAGGGACUGCGGGCAGAUUUUGAGAGCCGGUGUCAUGGUACUCCAGGAGAGAAAACCGGCCCUCUAGCGGGAAGAAACCUUCCUGAGGUGGUCAACAAUAUUGUGUGGGUCAGACAGCUGCUGCUUAAGGUUGAGGACUCUCUGAAGAUGGCUGAUGCGCUGCUUUCUGAUCUGUCGGGGUUUCAGCCACUGCUUCGUUUCUCAGAUGAUCUGCAGGAGCAGCUGAGGUCUUAUGAGCAGGAGCAGUUUGAAGACUGGACCAGAGACCUGCUGUCAGGACUCUCUGAUCCCAAAUCUGGAAUCAGUUUGCAGGCCAGUAAUCGGGUGAUGGAGUUGGACCACAUGGACGGCAAGCUGAAGAUCCAGUACUCGGACCGGCUGGUUAGUUUACUCCGAGAGGUACGGCAGCUCUCGGCUCUGGGCUUCACCAUUCCUGCAAAGAUCCAGCAGGCGGCAAACACGGCAGAGAAGUUCUACAGACAGGCCAUCAUCCUCAAACAGGUGGCUCAUUUCUACAACACCAUUGAUCAGCAGAUGAUCCCUUCUCAACGUCCCAUGAUGCUCGGCUGUGCUCUGGCCUUUGAACAGGUCAUCAAGCAGAAUCCUCGCUCUCAGUCUCGAGAUGAAGGUGGAAAGCUUCAGAUGACGUGGGAGAAUCCGAAAGAGCUGGAGCAGUACAUCAGCAAACUGCAGAGCGCCGCUGAGAGACUCUCCACAGAGAACCGCAAGCUCAGAAAGUGGCACACAGACUUCACUGACAAGGUGGUGGGUUUGAUGGGAGUGGAUCUGUUGCGUCAGCAGCAGAGAUGGAAAGAUGGUCUUCAGGAUCUCAGGGCUGGAUUUGCCACACUGGAGUCUCAGGGUUUUGGAGCCGGAGACAUGAGGGCCUGGCGGCAGCACUGGAACCAUCAGCUGUAUAAAGCUCUGGAGCAUCAGUAUCAGGUGGGACUGGAGGCCCUCAACAAGAACCUGCCAGAAAUUAACAUCGACCUCGUCUUCAAGCAGGGUCGUCUACAGUUUCGUCCUGCAUUCGAGGAGGUCAGAGCCAAGUAUUACCGUGAGAUGAAAAGGUUCAUCAGCAUCCCGAACCAGUUUAAAGGAGUGAGUGAGACGGGCGAGGAGCCCAUAUUCACCCGGAUGAUUGAGCGCAACGCCAGCGGCUUCCUGACUAUCUUCAGCAAAGCUGAACAUCUCUUCAGUCGACUGUCACACCUGCUGGACAAGUUUAAGGAUUGGGUGGUUGUGGGACAGGUGGAUGUGGAAGUUCUGGUGGAGAAACAUCUUCAUAGUGUUCAAGACUGGGAGAGAAACUUUAAAGCUCUGAAAGCCAAAGGAAAAGAGGCCGAGCGCUUGCCCAGCUCAGAGAAGGUGGACUGCAUCACUGUGAACUGUGAGCCUGUGCGAGUGUCUGUGGAUGACCUGAUCCAGAGGCUGUUUGAUGCUCUACUGGCGUCUCUCAGGAGAUCCAUACAGGGUCACAUUCAGGUGAUAGACUCGUUUGUAAACGGGGCGAUGGAGACAUUAUCCCUGCGUCCUGAAAGCAUCGAUGAGAUCGGAGAGGCUAAUGCCAAACACAGCCAAUUACAGACACAAAAGCCUGAGGUUCUGCCUCAGUUCCAGCAGGCGGAGGAGAAGAACAGGCUGCUGCGCUCGGUGGCAGGUGGAGGUUUGGACACCAUCAGCUCCCUCAGAGCUAAAUGGGACAAAUUUGAACUCAUGAUGGAGAGUCAUCAGCUCAUGAUCAGAGAACAGGUGGAGGUGAUGAAGGGGAACGUGGAGUCUCGUGUUCAGGUUUACCAGCAGGACCUGCAGAAGUUUAGAGCGCGCUGGGAUCAGCUCAAACCCGGAAAUGACAUCAUCGAGUCUGGAGAUCAUGAGGCUCUGCAGCGAUGCGUUCAGAUCAUCCGGGAGCGACAGGCCGAGUUCAGCGAGCUGGAGAACACACGCACAAAACUCAUGGAAGACUGUGAACACUUCAAUCUGAGCUCUCCUGACGGAACGCUGGCCUCAGACACGCUGCGGGACCUGCAGGACUGUUCACAGAUGUGGGAGCUCUAUGAGGAGUUUCACAGCGGACUGGAGGAAAUCGCUCAGCACGACUGGAUUUCAUUCAGGAGUAAGACUCACGUGUUUGAGGAGUUUCUGUUCGCGUGGCAUGAUCGUCUGAGGAAGCUGGAGGAGCACAGCAGCAUGUCUGUCAAACUGCAGAAGGAAGUGGACAGAUACAAGGCGGUGGUUCCAGUGCUAAAGUACGUUCGAGGUGAGCAUCUCUCUCAGGAACACUGGCUGGAUCUGUUCCGGCUCAUUUCUCUGCCCAGGGGAUCCACACUGGAGACACUUCAGUUCAGAGACCUGCUCAGGGUGGCAGACAACAUCAUAGACAAAACCCUGGAGCUCAAGGAUCUGAACAGUCGUGCCCAGGCCGAGGUCUCCAUCCGCGAGGCUCUGCGAGAGCUGGAGCUUUGGGGUGCCGGCGCCAGCUUCACCCUCACAGACUACACAGACACUCAGGGCUGCUCUCUGCCCGUCAUCAAGGACUGGAGGGAUGUGGUCAACCAGGUGGGAGACAACCGAUGUCUCCUUCAGUCGCUCAAAGACUCGCCGUAUUACCUGCGAUUCCAGGACAAAGUGUCUCUGUGGGAAACAAGGCUGGCAGACCUCGACGAGUACCUGCACAACCUCAACACCAUCCAGAGGAAGUGGGUCUACCUGCAGCCCAUAUUUGGUCGAGGGGCAUUGCCUAGGGAGCAGGCCCGCUUUCAAAGGGUGGACCAGGACUUCAGGCAUCAGCAGUGUGGAGUUUGAUCAGAGUUUUCAGAGCAUCACAGCCAUGAAGUCACUGGAGGGCGAAACGGUGCCACUCAUCAACACCAUCUGCAUCUCCAACGACGUCGAGGUUUGGCUGAGCGCUCUCGCCGCAGAGAUGAAAAACACUCUCAAACAUCUUCUGUGUGAGUGUGUGAAUGCUGGAAAGAAAGGAAAUGUGGAUCCCACACGCUUCCCAUCGCAGGUUCUGUGCCUGGCUGAGCAGAUUGAGUUCACAGCUGCUGUGGAGAUCAGCAUCCGGCAGCAGAGCCUCCAUCAGCUGGAGCAGCAGCUCACGGCCAAACUGGAGAACUACACCAGUGUGGACACCAGCACUGACAACACCACAGAGUCGCGUGUUCUGCAGAUGAAACUGAAGGCUCUGAUUCUGGAUGUGAUCCACAACAUCUCAUUGGUGCAGAGUCUGAGAGAAGCCCAGAUUAACAGCACCGACGACUGGGUGUGGAAGAAGCAGCUGCGCUUUUACCUGAAUGCAGACCAGAGCUGCUCCAUACAGAUGGUGGACGCAGAUUUCAGAUACACAUAUGAGUACCAGGGUAAUGCUGCAAAACUGGUCCACACGCCGCUGACGGAUAAGUGCUAUCUCACCCUAACACAGGCCAUGAAGAUGGGUUUGGGUGGAAAUCCUUACGGACCUGCAGGAACUGGAAAAACAGAGUCGGUCAAAGCCCUGGGAGGAUUGUUCGGAAGACAAGUGCUGGUCUUUAACUGUGAUGAGGGUAUAGAUGUGAAGUCCAUGGGCCGGAUCUUCGUGGGUCUGGUGAAGUGUGGAGCGUGGGGCUGUUUUGAUGAGUUUAAUCGUCUAGAAGAGGCUGUUCUCUCCGCUGUCUCCAUGCAGAUUCAGGACAUCCAGAACUCACUGAAGAACCAUCGCUCCACCUGCCAGCUUCUCAAUAAAGAGGUGGAUUUGGACCCAAACUCGGGCAUCUUCAUCACAAUGAAUCCAGCGGGAAAAGGAUACGGAGGAAGGCAGAAGUUGCCGGAUAAUCUGAAGCAGCUCUUCCGACCGGUUGCCAUGACGAGUCCUGAUAAUGAGCUCAUCGCUGAGGUCAUCCUGUAUUCUGAGGGAUUUAAGGAAGGAAAGGCACUGGGGCGGAAACUUGUGGCUAUAUUCAAUUUGGCCAGGGAGCUGUUAACCCCUCAGCAGCACUAUGACUGGGGUUUGCGUGCACUGAAGACAGUUCUCAGAGGCUGUGGGAGUUUACUGCAGUUACAGAGACUGAACAACAACCCCUUAAAGGAGAGUGGAUUGGUGGUUCAGGCUUUGAGGUUGAACACCAUGUCGAAGCUGACGUUUGCUGACAGCUCUCGGUUUGAUGCUCUGGUCAGAGACGUGUUUCCUGGAGUCGACUUUAAGGAUGUGGAGUACGAGACGCUUAAGUCUGCACUGCUGGCUGUGUAUGAAGAAGCACAUCUGGAGAUUAUACCCAGUCAGCUGAAAAAGGCGGUGGAGUUGUACGAGCAGCUUCGCCAGAGGAUGGGUGUGGUGGUAGUCGGGCCCAGCGGCGCAGGAAAGUCCACUCUCUGGCGGAUGCUGAGGGCAGCGCUGGGAAAAACGGGGCGGCUGGUCAAACAGUACACCAUGAACCCCAAAGCCAUGCCACGCCAGCAGCUCCUGGGACACAUCGACAUGGACACACGAGAAUGGUCUGACGGGGUCCUAACAUCCUCCGCAAGACAGGUGGUGCGAGAGCCACAGGAGGUGAACUCAUGGAUUAUAUGUGAUGGAGACAUUGAUCCUGAGUGGAUCGAGUCCUUAAACUCUGUCCUGGAUGAUAACCGCUUACUGACCAUGCCCAGCGGUGAGAGGAUUCAGUUCGGCCCCAACGUCAACUUCCUGUUCGAGACCCACGAUCUGAGCUGCGCUUCACCAGCCACCAUCUCCCGCAUGGGCAUGAUCUUCCUCAGCGAUGAAGACACUGAUGUUGGCUCUCUGGUGAAGUCGUGGCUGAAGCGUGAGGAUGAAGACUGCAGGAUGAAUCUGGAGAACUGGCUCAAUGAUUAUUUCCACAGAGCUCUGGAGUGGGUUCUCAAACAGAGUGAUUUUGUGGUGGACACCAGUCUGGUCGGGACGGUGCUGAACGGUCUGUCUCAUCUGAGUGGUGUCAGGGAGAGAGGAGAGUUCAUCAUGGGCCUCAUCCGCGGUUUAGGAGGAAACCUCACACUUAAAUGCCGACAGGACUUCGCCAAGGAGGUUCUGAGCUGGGCAAGAGAAAGCCCUCCUGACCCUCGUAAGCCUCUGGACACAUACUAUGACCAGGCGUCAGGCCGCCUGUGUGUGUAUGAGCUGCAGAGAGGAGAGGGUGUGUGUGAGGAGGAGCUGAGCGACCCUCACAAUCUGCCAGUCAUUCACACACCGGACACACAGCGCAGCCUCCACAGCUUCAGCCCGUGGCUCUCGGCCAAUCACAGACAGCCAUUCCUGCUGGUGGGACCUGAGGGAUGUGGGAAAGGGAUGCUCCUGCGCUGUGCGUUCUCUCAGCUUCGCUCCACUCAGGUGUCUGUGGUUCACUGCAGCGCUCAGACCUCCUCCCGUCACGUCCUGCAGAAGCUCCAGCACACGUGUCUGCUCAUCAGCUCCAACACGGGCCGCGUCUACCGGCCUAAAGACUGCGAGAGGCUGCUGCUCUACCUCAAAGACAUCAACCUGCCCAAACCUGACAAAUGGGGCACCAGCAACCUCAUCGCCUUCCUGCAGCAGGUGUUGACGUAUCAGGGCUUCUAUGAUGAGAAUCUGGAGUGGGUCGGGCUGGAGAAUAUUCAGAUUGUGGCCUCCAUGUCAGCAGGUGGAGCGGUGGGACGACACACACUCACGUCACGAUUCACCUCUAUUGUUCGCAUCUGCACUAUUGAUUAUCCAGACAGAGAGCAGCUGCAGACAGUCUAUAGUGCGUACCUGAAACCUGUGCUGCAGAGGACUCUGGGUAAUGAUCCCACAUGGAGCUCUUCAGGGAAGAUCCACCAGCUUGCCGGCUCAUUGGUGCAGGUCUACGAGCAGGUGAAGGCUAAAUUCUCAGUGGAUGAUCACAGUCAUUAUCUGUUCACUCCAUGUUUACUCACAGAGUGGGUCCUGAAUCUGCUGCGGUACGACCUGAGCGCAGAUGUAUAUUUUGUGACGUGGGCCGCGUCUCACGAAGGACGUUCCCCUGGUCAACCCCUUCCACCCCACGGCAGAAAACUGGCACGUCUGAACGCCAGUGACCUCAGUGAGAUCAUACACAAGGGAAUCGUCCUGUACGGUCGUGAUAACCGGGAGCUGGAUAUCCUGCUGUUUCCUGAAGUUCUAGACUACAUGUCUCGAGUAGACCGUGUGUUGACCUCUCCUGGCGGUUCGCUGCUGCUAGCAGGUCGCAGUGGUGUGGGUCGGCGCACGGCUACAUGUGUGGUCAGCCACAUGCACGGAGCCACUCUCUUCACACCCAAAAUCUCCCGCUCGUACUCGCUCAAACACUUCAAAUCUGACCUGAAAACUGUCAUGCAUUCGGCCGCUGUGGACGGACAGCAGGUGGUUUUGCUGUUAGAAGAUCAUCAGUUUGUUCAUCCUUCCUUUCUGGAGAUGGUCAACAGUCUGCUGUCCUCAGGUGAAGUUCCAGGCUUGUACUCCACUGAAGAGCUGGAGCCUCUGCUGGCGUCUCUGAAAGAUCAGGCGUCACAGGAUGGCUUCACCGGCCCGGUCCUCAACUAUUUCUCACACCGUGUUCAGCAGAACCUGCAUGUGGUUUUGAUCAUGGACUGCACUAACGAACACUUCACCAUCAACUGCGAGAGUAACCCUGCGCUCUACAGGAAGUGCUCAGUGCAGUGGAUGGAGAGCUGGAGCGACAGCAGCAUGAAGAAGAUCCCUGAGAUGCUGCUGUCCAGGAUUGAAGAAGACGAAAAAACUGAAGACAAGCAGAGGAAGAAGAAGAAAUCUGCAUCAGUGCACACAGAGCUCUAUCGCUCCUUCCUGGCGAUCCACGAGUCAUGCCGAGAGUUUGGAGCCACACCGAGUCAAUACCUGAACUUCCUGCAGGUCUACCAGUCCAUCUACAGCUCCAAACGCAAAGAGCUGACGCACAAACAACAGCACCUGCAGGCGGGCGUGGCCAAGCUGAACGAAGCGAAGGCAUUGGUGGACGAGCUGAAGAGGCGUGCCGCCGAGCAGAGCAGUUUACUGAAGACCAAACAGGCUGAAGCAGACGCCGCUCUGCAGGAGAUCACCACCUCGAUGCAGAACGCCAGCGACCAGAAGACAGAGAUGGAGAAGAUCAAGGAGAGAAUGGCACACGAGGUCUCUAAGAUUGAAGAGCGCAAGAAGAAAAUCGAUGAGGAGCUGCGAGAGGUUCAGCCGCUGGUGGACGAGGCGAAGCAGGCCGUGGGGAACAUUAAAUCUGAGUCUCUUUCUGAGAUCCGCUCUCUCCGCAUGCCGCCCGACGUCAUCCGAGACAUCCUGGAGGGAGUGCUGAGGCUCAUGGGAAUCUUCGACACGUCCUGGGUCAGCAUGAAGAGUUUCUUAGCCAAACGGGGAGUGCGGGAGGAGAUCGCCACGUUUGACGCCAGAAGCAUCACUCAUGAAAUCCGGCAGAGCGUGGAGGAGCUGCUGCACAGAAACAAGGCUUCCUUUGACCCCAAGAACGCCAAACGAGCGAGUGCCGCCGCGGCUCCUCUGGCCGCCUGGGUGAAAGCUAACGUUCAGUACUCACACGUGCUGGAGAAGAUCGAGCCACUGCAGACGGAGCACGCUGGAUUGAUGGAAAACCUGCGCAAGACUGAGAACCGCAAGAACAGGCUGGAAAAGGAGCUGAACUCUGUGGGAGAGAAAGUUCUGGAGCUGAAGGAGAAGUUUCAGUGUCGUACAACUGAAGCCGCUAAACUGGAGUCUGAGGUGAGCAGAGCACAGGAGACCAUCAGUGCAGCUGAGAAACUCCUGCAGCAGCUGGACGGAGAACACACACGCUGGACAGCACAGGUGGAUGAGAUCAGUGAGGAGCUGGACACUCUUCCUAAGAGAGCUCAACUCUCUGCUGCUUUCAUCACGUAUCUGCCUGCGGCUCCUGAGGACCAGCGGCGCAGCAGUCUAGACCACUGGAUGAGCAGCUCAGGACUGCAGAAGUUUGACCUGCGCCACUUCCUGUGUUCUGAGAGCGAGCAGCUGAUCUGGAAGAGUGAAGGUUUGCCGUCUGAUGACCUGUCCAUGGAGAACGCUCUGGUCAUCCUGCAGAUUAAUGAAUUUAGAUCAAGGAGUGCUUCUUGUCCAUUCUUGAUUGAUCCUUCAUCUCGUGCAACAGAGUGGCUGCAAACUCACCUGAAAGCUCAUCGUCUGGAGGUCAUAAAUCAGCAGGAUGCGAACUUCAUGACAGUGCUGGAGUUAGCGGUGCGCUUUGGUAAAACGCUGAUCAUUCAGGAGAUGGACGGUGUUGAACCUGUGCUUUAUCCUCUGCUGCGGCGAGAUCUCAUUGCACAGGGGCCGCGAUAUGUGGUGCAGAUUGGAGACAAAGUGAUGGACUAUAAUGAGGAUUUCCGUCUGUUUCUGGCAACCCGUAACCCCAGCCCCUUCAUCCCUCCUGACGCUGCGUCUGUCAUCACUGAGGUCAACUUCACCACCACCAGAGCUGGACUCAGAGGACAGCUGCUAGCGUUGACCAUCCAGCAGGAGAAACCAGAGCUGGAGAGCCAGAAAACCAAACUCCUGCAGCAGGAAGAGGAGAAGAAGAUCCAGCUCGCUCAGCUGGAGGAGUCACUGCUGGAGACUCUGGCUACAGCUCAGGGAAAUAUCCUGGAGAAUAAGGAGCUGAUCGAGUCUCUGAACCAGACGAAGGCCAGCAGUGCUCUGAUCCAGCAGUCCCUGAGCCAAUCCCACCGCCUGCAGACCUCCCUCGACCAGGAACGAGACGCGUACCUGCCGCUAGCGGAGACGGCUAGCAAGAUGUAUUUCGUCAUUACAGAUCUGUCUAAGAUUAACAACAUGUACAGGUUCAGUCUGGCGUCAUUCCUGCGGCUGUUUCACCGAGCACUGCAGACCAAACAGGAAAGCGAGAGCACUGAUGUGAGGAUCUCUACGCUGGAGAGCAGCCUGAAGAACAUGGUGUAUGAGUAUAUCUGCCGCUCGCUCUUCAAGGCCGAUCAGUUGAUGUUUGCUCUGCACUUUGUGAAGGGAAUGAGUCCAGAGCUCUUCCAGGAGAACGAAUGGGAUGUUUUCACUGGCCUCGUUGUUGGGGAUAUGGUUCGGAAGACGGAUUCCCAGAAGUCUCUGCGAGAACAGUUUCCUUCUUGGAUUGAUCAGGAGAGACUGAUGGCUGUGGCUCUAAUCAAGAGCACAUUUCCAGUGCUGUAUCAGUCUCUCUGUCUGAGCGACGCAGAUCUGUGGCUCACGUUCUUGCGCAGUUCCUGCUGCGAACAGGAAAUCCCACUUCCAGUUGCCAAGAAGAUCUCCCUAUUUCAGCAGAUGUUGGUGGUUCAGGCGUUACGACCAGAUCGCUUGCAGAGCGCCAUGGCAGUGUUUGCAUCACAAGCUUUGGGGAUGAAGCAGCUGUCUCCUCCCCCGCUGAAUCUAAAGCACCUCUAUGAAGAGACUCUGGAGACAGAGCCGGUCCUGCUCAUCAUCUCUGCUGGUGCAGACCCGUCUCAGGAGCUCCAGGAACUUGCCGGAAACAUUGUGGGCCGAGAAAAUUACCAUGAGGUGGCGAUGGGUCAGGGUCAGGCUGAUGUGGCUCUGCAGGCUCUCAGAGAGUGUGUUCGCUCAGGUGAUUGGCUGUGCCUAAAGAACCUGCACCUGGUCACAGCAUGGCUCCCCCUGCUGGAGAAGGAGCUCAACAGCAUGAAACCCAAAGCUGGAUUCAGGCUCUGGUUGACUGCUGAAGUGCAUCCCAAAUUCACUCCCAUACUGCUCCAGUCCAGCCUGAAGAUCACCUAUGAGGCUCCUCCAGGGCUGAAGAAGAACCUGAAGCGCACAUAUGAGUCGUGGAGCGCGGAGCAGAUCAGUAAAGGUGGUCUUCUGGCUCGGGCUCAGUCUCUCUUCUGUCUGGCCUGGUUUCACGCCGUGUGUCAAGAGAGACGCAACUAUAUUCCACAGGGUUGGACAAAGUUCUAUGAGUUUUCUCUGUCAGAUCUGAGAGCCGGCUUCGAGAUCAUUGACCGUCUGUUUGAAGGCGGGAAGGCGUUUCAGUGGGACUUUGUGGACGGUCUCCUGGAGAACAUCUACGGCGGCCGCAUUGAUAACGUGUGUGACCUGCUUGUGCUGCGCUCGUACCUGCAGCAGUUCUUCAAUGCUCAGCUCCUGUCACAGUCACGCAAGAAAACACAUGCCUUCCCUGCUCAGAUACACCUACCCAACUCCUGCAGCAUAGCGGAUUAUCGUGUGGUGGUGGACGCUCUUCCCGAGGACGACAGACCCAGUUUCUUCGGCCUGCCUGCAAACAUCGAGCGCUCUUCACAGAGGAUCAUCAGUUCUCAGGUGAUCUCUCAGCUGAGGAUUCUGAGCAGGCCUGUCGCAGCAGGAUCUAAGUUCGACAGAGAGAUCUGGUCUAGUGCGCUCUCACCUGUGCUCAACCUGUGGAAACGGCUCAACCAGGGUUCAUCGUUGAUCCAUCAGAAGGUGACUUUACCCAGCGAGAGUGUCGGCUCUCCUAUUUUUUCAUUCAUCCAGCUGGAGCAGUUUAACGCCGUGCGAUUGGUCCAGAGCAUUCACCAAUCGCUAGCCUCGCUCAGUAAGGUAAUUCGAGGCACGUCCCUCCUGACGGCUGAUGUUCACAAACUGGCAACUGCACUCCUGAACCAAGAGUGUCCGUUGAGUUGGCAGAAUAAAUGGGAAGGCCCUGAAGACCCGAUGCAGUAUCUGCGAGCUGUGGUAUCCAGAGCACUCGCCAUUCAGGGAUGGGUGGAGAGGGCAGAGAGAGGUGGACUGCUGUCGGAAAUGCUGGAUCUGUCAGAGCUUUUCCACCCAGACACAUUCCUGAACGCCCUGAGACAGGAGACCGCCAGGUUGAUGAGCUGCUCUAUGGACAGUCUGAAGUUUGUUACUACAUGGAGAGGUCAGAUUACUGAAGCCAAACUACAAGUGAAGGUUGGUGGUUUGCAAUUGGAGGGUUGUAGUUUCGAUGGAAAUCGUCUAUCUGAGAGCCAUCACGACUCUCCCAGUGUGUCCUCCGUUCCUCCAUGUCACAUGGCUUGGAUCCCGCAGAGUGCUAUGGGCUGUUAUUCUCCAGACGAGUGUAUCUCUCUGCCGGUGUACAGCAGUGCUGAACGUGUGUGUGUGGUGACAAACGUACAGCUGCCGUGUGCUGGAGAUCAUGACACGUGGAUCCAGAGCGGAGCGGCUCUCUUCCUCAAACAGCAGUAACACAAACACACACACUUUAUACUGACAUUAGCAUCACUUUAGAUUGUUUUGAGUGUCUUGGUCUUCAUAUGACGGUGUUUUUGCUGCAUUCCAGCGGCUGUGAGACUGUAGUUUUAUUCAGUCUUAUAUUCUGCAGAUAUUUAUAUGAUCAAAUAAACGAGUUUUCCUGGA